AUGACAGACAUCGCUGGCACGAGUCUUCUGCGAUUUACAAGAUUGAUCAGGCUUGCUCGAAUUGUGAAAGUCUUCCGCCUCAAGAUAAUGAAGGAUCUUCGAUUGAUGGUGAAGGGCCUAAUCGCCGGGCUUCGGACCCUGGCGUUGGCCUUCACAUUACUGUUUGCAGUGCUUUAUGUCAUUUCAGGCUUCGCAACAAUGAUCAUUGGUGGGGACGAGGGCCUUAUGGAGGAAGGUCUGCAUAUCUAUUUUCGCAACAUCCCCGCCUCCAUGUUUACAGCAUUCCGGUGCUUUACGGGUGAGUGCGUCGGUGAAAAAGGUCAGCCAUUGCCCCAUAUGUUGGCACUUAGAUACGGCGUGGCUUUCGUGUUUACCUACGUGGUGUGCUACAUGCUUGUGACCAUGGGGAUUUUCAAUGUCAUCCUGGCAGUCUAUGUAGAUAUAACUAUGCGAGCUGCAAAGGAAACUGACGCUGCAAACGCAGAGCAGCAUGCACGCGAGUCCAUCCGCGUUGCUCGUUGUGCAAGGGAGCUUGUGAAGAAGUUUGCAGCGGCGUAUCGUGAAUACGAUGACGGGAAGGACAAAUCAUUGGGUGUUCUUUCUUCCAUGGAGCUGAGCAAUGUGCAAGGCUUCAGCCCAGGAGUUACUGGAGUUUAUGCAGAAGAUGAUGCGCUGGAACAGACUGAGAUUUCAAAGGAUCUCUUCCUUGUUAUCAUUCAGGAUCACUACGUGCAGGAGCUCAUGGAUGAGUUAGAUCUGCCUCCAGAUCGAGCAAACUUGUUCGAGGUGAUAGAUGCUGACGGGAGCGGAACUCUUCAGCUUCAAGAAGUGGUCCAGGGCUUGUUGAAGAUUCGUGGGGACCUCACCAAGAGUGAUACUGUGGCAGCCUUGCUAGCAACAAAGUCCAUGCAGAACCAGGUUGUGCAGAUGAAGCGCGAUUGGAUCCUCCAUUUCGAAGCCCUCCUAGUCAAGUUCACGCAAUUGCAGAUGCAGGUGCAGCUGGAGCUCCAAAGUGUACAUGGGCAUCAAGAGGGCCGCGAUGCUCAAGCCAGUUUUGAGCCCAAAGAACCUAAUUUAUGCUUUCAGCCAGAGCUUUUGUCUGCGCCACAAAGUCGACACAGUCUACGAGGCGAUGAUGAAAUUGCUCUACCCAUGUCUUUGACACAUCCAACCCCAUAG